GUUUAUAUCAGUGUUAACUGCAUUGAAUCAGAUAACUAACGCUGGUUAUAAGCGGAAUAAAUUUUAAAUUUGGAAAAGAUGUCGCUAUGGCUGAUAACAACACUAGCACAGAACAUUGGUGGAGGGUUGCUUAUGGGUUAAAGCGUCUGAGAAAAGGACUGGAGCAUUUUGUUGAUAGGAGGUCCCGCGCUGUUUACACCGACUUUUACAUUAACGGAUUAACGUCUGCUGUAUGCAACACAUGUCAGCUCAAUAGACAGUGUCCGAAUGGUGUGUAUAAAACAACCACGCGGAACCAUAACUCAUUUUGUAGAAACAAUUUUUGUGAUUGCAUUUGCGAUAGGAUACUUUUAAAAUACUAUCCGUAUCAGAAAACGCCGAUUUGGGCGAAUACUGACUCGACAAAGUGGAGCGACCGAAAUAUUGGCUAUUGGGAAGUUGCAAAGUGCUUUCUAAGGUGUCCGGGUUAUCUCGACAAAAAAGGACCAAACACCAUGGAUGCUAGUGGACUUCUUAACAUCUGCUUGAACAACACGGAUAUACGAUCGUCCAUAUCAAACAUACCGAUAUUUGAAGAGGUGCGUGAUAUACGUAAUAAGGUCAAUCAUUCUUCUGAUUACAAGCUUGACAAACAGACAGCUGAUGAUUAUUUGGGGAAAAUGAUUGAGGUGUUAAACGAUGCAAAUGAGUUACGGCACGACAAUUUUGCGGUUGUAAACCGCAGACGUCUGAAUGAAAUAAAAGACGGAAAUAUAAAAUGCAGUUCGAAAGAAUCAAUCCGAAGGGAAUUAGAUAUCAGUGCACACGAGAAAAAUAAUGUCGAAAAGGACGAGGCUUACAUGUUCGAUUCAAGUCAAAUGUCAGAAGAAAGAAUUCACUUCACUGCAACACUGGUAAGGAUGUACGCCUUGUUCAAGGAGGAAAUGGAAAAGAAAACUGCAUUGAGGCUAAGAAAGUAUCUUUUACCGAGAGCGUUUUUGUGCGACAAAGAUGAAGCCAGACAGUGGUGUCGUAAAAGUUUAGUUGAUGACAUCUUGAAGCGGAUCAUUUUCUCGAGCUGCGAAACAACUAAAAAAAGAUUUCAAGAACAAUUUGCAAAAGACAAAGCCGGGGCUGAACUUUCCAGAAAGUUUGAACAGUGCAACGUGCUCACUAAAGAAAUAGAAGAGUUUCGAAAUCUGCAAAAAAGGCGGACUCGUGAACAAUUUGAAUACAAGAAAUGCGUGCGUUAUAUAGCAAUGGUCAAUCCGUUGAAUGAUCUAGACAUGAUUGCGGACAAACUGUUGUCAGCAUAUAUCAUUAACCUGGCAGAGCAUAGCGACAUUGUACAAACGCAUGACAAAGACUUAAAACUUGAUAUGUUCAAGACAGCAAUUAGUCGAUGUGACAAAGGAGUUUUACCGUUAUUAAAGGACAAAUGUGUAGAACUUCAUAUAAGAUGCAUUCUUUAUGAAGAUGAUGAAAGUCCAGAAAGAGGUGUCGAGGAAAAAUCAACAGAAGAUGCCAUCUUGUCAUCCCCAAAUGUGAAAUGGUUUUUGAGUCAAGGUUGUUGCUUCAUGUCAGCAGAGAAAGGGUCGAUAAUUUUGACAUUUGGUUAUUCCGAUCCUUUGACACUAUAUAAUUGUUUACAAGAGUGUAAAAAUGGGAGAUUUGUUGAUUUUGUGAAUGACAUUUUCACGGAUGAACCUGUCCUGAUGACAAUUCCAGAGGGAGAACAUAACGUUCAUGUUAAAAUAAAGACUAAAGGCACAAAUGAGAUAAUUGUCAUCCUUACUGGUAGCUUCCUGAAUAGGAAAAAAAUGUGUCACCAGGCUGACGAGACAGUGCCGGAACAUGACGUCACCAUUUGUGAAGAGCUUGAGAUUACGAGAGACUUGAUCACGCAACUUCAAAAAGAGCAUGUUGUUCCAGAAAACAUUACCUAUGAACAAUUUGAUAAUAUUAAAGGACGAAGGAAUAACAUACAUUACCUGCUUUCUCUGUGCGACCAAUCUUUUGAUUACAGUGAGUUCUUCAACAUCAUUAGUAAACAGUACAGUGAUCCACACACCAUGUUCACAUGCAGUUGCAAAAUAGUCAAACGAGGUAAGUAUGUACGUUGUACUUAUAUUCUAUAAUCAUUUUGAAUAAAUACCAUACUUUACCUGGUGUAAGCAUUAUGCCUUUAAGUAUAGUUUGAAUUUCAGGUUAUUAGGCGCAUGCACUUAUAUUAUUAACAUAUAUUAUAAUUGUGAUACAAGAUAGGUUAUGGCACA